AUGCUUGAUCACAAACGACAGAAACUUAAUGGUAUCGGUUCUCCCACAACCCUUAAUAAAUUGUUACCUAUCGAAAGCUUACCUCGGGUUGAUGGCAAAGCUUUAUCAUUAUACAAUGUCCAUGGCAUAGUUAUUGAAAGACCAAUAAAAGUUUUAUUAGUAGUGCCACUUGAAAAAUAUGGAUUUGCCCCAAAUUUGGAAUCAUUAGAAGUGACAGCCAAUGAAAUUAAGAAGUUCACUGCUGAUCUAUGCAAUCUUUCUAAAUUGGAUUGCAAUAAAAUGGAGAGUUUGAACCACUUAGAAAAAUUAUGA